CGGUACUGCUUGGAAAUUGAAAAGAAGAAGAAAACAGCAGCCAAGAAGAGAAAAGCAGUCUCACCUGUGGAUCAUUUGAGGUCGUCUGAUUCGUUCCUCGGUCCUCAGCAAAGAAAAGUUUGAGCGACUAGCCUGGACAUCGAUUCUUUGGCUCAACCUUCUACUGCAGCACGAGACCUACCGACUGAAUAGAGUGUUAGUGCUCUACCGCUACCUUGGAUUCAAGAAGUUGUUGGUGCUUUGUCGCCGUCUGGGAUGCAGGCUACGUGUGCUCUGUCGUCACUCGCUUACAUCGUUUGAGUGAGACCUACUCCUUGCUGGCUUGUUGAACCUGGGUGAUGACUAGCCUCCGACACACGUCGGUGAGAAUCUGACCGCAGCACCAGUGGCGGCUGCACAAGCGCUGACAAAGAGCAUCUGACCCUUGACUGAGGAUGGAGGGAUUGACCCCCUGGGCAAUCCAUGCGUGAUUUGUGGGGAAGCAACUAAUGGACGUAAGACAUCUCUCAAAUCGCUGGCUCGCAACCUGGACGAGAUCAAGAACUCCUUCGCUCAGUCGGCUGGGAUUCAAUGAGAGGAGGAGAUGCAUGAGCUGUUAGCCCGUGUGGAAAGAAUGGAGAGGAUGGAGGAGGAGAUGUCUUUCUUCGCCAGGAACUGUCAGAAGUCCAUAAUAGUUCCCUCAUACAAUGGGCUCAAGCUGAGGGGGAUCGGGUGAACAGGUUUAAGUUUAGGGGAGAAGUUGUAUAUUGAAGGCUGCUUUGGAAAGAACUUGUCUUAGCUGAAGUGGCAGAUGAUCACCUGAUCCAAUUCGAAGGCCUGGCAGAAUUAAUGAAGCAGGUCUGAUUCAGUGUAAAAUGGAUGGUUCUGAGCAGUCUGGAUCAAGCCCAGGAUUGGAGAAUUCAAUCAUCCCUGCUGCUGGAAGGUCAGACAUUGAUCUAGAAAAGGGCAGUGAAACUGAAGUGCUAACUUGUGAGGAGUUUCUGCGCCUUGAGGAAGGGAAGAAGGAUCUAUUAGGACAGAUUGUUGAUGGUGAAAAGGAAGCUUAUAAGAUUUAUUGUGAUUAUGCUCAUUAUGUUGGAUUCAGCGUUCGAAAGGGAAAGAAUGCUUACUUUCUGGGAACAAAAAAUAUCAAAGCAAAGGAAUUCCUUUGCUCAAAGGCUGGUUUCAAGGAAGAUGAGCCUGAAGCUACUCACAGUAAACUUGAGAGUAGGACUGGGUGCAAGGCCAUGGUUAAAUUCGAGGUUGAUGAGAAUGGAAAGUGGAGAGUCUCUCGUUUGGUUGCGGAGCAUAAUCAUGAACUGGCUAAGCCUGAAGAAAGACAUUUGCUGAGAUCGGCACGUUCAGUUACAUCUGCAAAGAUGAGUAGUGUGUUCAGAACUUUGCUGGAUGCUGGAAUAAAGACAACAAAAGUAAGUGCUUAUCUUUUUGACGAAGGUAUCCGUAUCGAAAAUGUUAAGCUUUCGAGGAAGGAAGGGCAGGAGCUUAUAAACUCUCGAAGGUUGAUGGAGAUUGAGCCUGGAGACUCACAAAGCUUGGUAAAUCUAUUUAAGGAAAGAGCUGCACAAGAUGCCAUGUUUUUUUGGGAUAUACAACUUGAUAAAGAGGGUAAGCUAACUAACUUUUUUUGGAGAGAUGGUAGGUCUAGAAUAGAUUAUGACUGUUUUGGUGAUGUUCUGAUCUUCGACACAACUCACAGAUUGAAUAAGUACAUAUGCUCACCAUUUCUAGGGAUUAAUAACCAUGGGCAGACCAUCAUGUUUGGGGCUGCUUUUUUAAUGGAUGAGAUGACAGAAUCCUUUGUGUGGCUUUUUAGUGCAUUUUUGAAGUCAAUGAGUGACAAGCUACCUAUCACAAUAUUUACAAAUCAAGAUGAAGCAAUGGAUAAGGCGACAGAGAUGGUAUUUUCUACAACACAUCAUCAUUUUUGCGGGUGGCACAUCUCAAAAAAUGUGCCUUCUCGCGUGCAUAAUUUUAAUUCUGACAAAGAACUCAAGGGCCUUUUUAAUAAAUGUAUGCAAGAAUGUGAUUCAGAGAUUGAAUUUGAAGAAACAUGGCGGAACAUGCUGGUUAAAGGAAACCUCGAAAGCCAUGAAUGGCUCAAAUACUUGUACGAAAGCCGUCGAAAAUGGUCUAAUGCAUUCAAUAAAGAUGUCUUUGAUUUGGGAAUCAAAUCGACGCAGCGGACCGGGAUCAAUAACAAUGUAUUGAAUGUUGUACCUAACACGAGCUCUCUCACAAAAUGUUUCCUUCAAAUUGAGAAGUUGCUGCAUGGUUGGCGCCAAAACGAAGCUAACGAAGAUUUCAAUUGCAAUCAAAGCAUGCCCCCGCGUGCAAUAAAGCAAAGUCCUUUUUUGAGGCAUGCUGCACAAGUUUAUACACACAAAAUGUACAAGUUAUUUGAGAGGGAGUUUCUUGAUGGGGUUGGUGGUGGACUCCUUUUUAAAGAGUUUCCAUGUGGAGGCACCUUGUACCAAUUCAAAAUGAAGAUGCAUGAUGAUGAGGGUCUAAAGGAAUGGAUUGUGAAUCUUGACACAUUAUCCAUGGAGGUUGAGUGCUCUUGUAAGAAGUUUCAAUCAAUGGGGAUUUUGUGUUCCCAUGCUUUAAGAGCAUUUAGUUUGAAGAACAUUGCUAGGUUACCAGAUAAAUAUAUUGUGAAAAGAUGGACCAAAGAAGCGAGGAAACGGAUAUAUAGUUCUGGGCAAAAUGGGACUUCUCAGCAGGGCCAUAUGGAGCCUGAAUCCAUUUAUCUGAAUCGUGUCAGUCGAUACUGCUACGAACUUGCUACGAGAAGCCAGCAGUAUGCAGGUGCAAGAAAAAUUUUAUUAAAUGCUUUAGAAACUGCUGAAAAGAGCAUUGACAACUUUUUCAGGUAACAAUGUUUAGCUGAUGCUAAUUCAGACAAAAGGUUGAAAAGAUCGAGGGAAGAGAAUGAUGCAGGAAAUCAAUUUCACCAUGGUGAAACAGCUCGUAGUAUCUUGCCUUCUUCUGUAAAUAUCAUGCUACCCCAAUACUGGAGCUCCCUAGAUGAUGUUAACCUACCU